AUGCUGGCAAUCCUCGUGGCUACCUCCAUCCCUGCGGCGCUCACGCCCGGAGCCAAACCGUUCUUCGCUGUGGUGCAAACCUCGGUGGUCGCCGUGAGCGAUGGCGACACCUUGCGCGUUCGCCACACGCCCACGCUCCUGUCGUCUGGCAAAUUCAAGGGCAAGCUGUCAGAGAACACCAUCUCUGUGCGAAUCGCUGCCGUUGACACGCCGGAGACAGCCAAGUUUGGGCAGCCAGGACAGCCGCUCGGGGCAGACGCCAAGGCCUUCACAAAGAGGCUCCUUAAUCGCCGCGUCAGGGUGCGCUGCUACGCGCGCGACCAGUAUGGGAGGAUCGUCGGAACGGUACAGUACGGGAUACGGCGGCGUGACCUGUCGACCGAGCUACUGCGCAAGGGUCUGGCCUCAGUUUACCGCAGCGCUGGUGCAGUCUACGCGCAGCGCCCCCUCAGCGGCUGGGAUGCGAUCGAGGCGAGGGCGCAGCGUAAUCGGCUUGGCAUGUGGCAAAGAGGCGUCAGCGCGGCGAUGCUGCCCGGCGAGUUCAAAGCGCGCCAAAGAAAGAGGAAGGCCAAGUCGUGA